GCUUCAAGAGGAUUAAAGCCAAAGUCCUCGCACUCUUCACACCAGCGGCUUCACCCACUGACCGACUGAUGGUCUGGAAAGCUCCGGAUGUCUCCGUGAAGAUCCACCGCGGCUAUAAAGGUUGAGGUGCGCGUGUGAUGAUUUGGAGAGUUUCACUUUGCAAGCGGGGAGGUUUUGAGCAUUUUCGUCAGAAUCUGCAACCAGAAGAAGCCGAAUAUUCGCUCAGACCGAAGCAGAUCAUGUCAGUUUUUUCGCCAGUAGAUGAGAACUUUUUUUGAGAGAUUUUUUAUUUAUUUAUUUUUUUAACCUUUAUUUAACCAGGAGAGAUCCCUUUGAGAUUAAGAACCUCUUUUUCAAGGGAGUCCUGGCCAAGAUAGGCAGCAGCAAAUAUUAAGAUUUAAAGAGUUGUAAAGCCUUUUGCAUUGAGAUAACUUCUAAUUUUUUUGGAAAUACUUCGGCUUUCUUGCAGAUAGAGCCAGAUUGGGGAAAAGUUAAACACAAAAACAAUUUUUUUGGAAAAACAUUAUCUGGAAUCAUCACCAUGAGCAGCUGUGGGACCUCCACUGUUUCACCACAGGAGCCGCAGGCUUUCAAACGGGCGGUACGGAAGAUAAAAUGUGCUGCCAUGGUGGCCAGUUUGGCAAAGAGUUGGCAGGGUUGGGCUAACGAGCACUCCGACAAGCAAGACUGCAUCCCCAGCGGUUGGAUGCCUUCAUCUGUGGAGGAGGAAGACAAAAGAGAGCGUAACCAUGUGGUCAAACUCACCGUCACCCCACGAGUGAUCGCAACGGAUGCCAACGAGGCCGAUGGGAAUAAGAUCCGGACCUGCUCCGUGACCAAGACAAUCCAGCCCAAACGCAGCGAGGUCAGCAGCAGCGAUUUGGUGAACGCCAUCCGGGGCAAGAUGGAGUCGGGUCCUGAGGAGAGCAAACCGUUCCUGGGCAACGAGUCACCGACAAGACGCCGCCAGAUGAGGGCGCUACACAACGCAGGAGGAGGAGGAGUAAUCCAGGACAGGAAGCACAUGCUCCAGGAGAAGAAGCUGGGAUCAAGAAGCAGCAGCGUGGACACGGAGGACAGCGGGCUGGGAGAGGAUGGUGGGCUCAGCGACAACAGCGAAUCGAAAACCGAACAGAAUGACGUCCAGCACAAAAAACAGACCAACAUGCCCAAGAUUAAGAUCGCCACUAUGGGCGACAUCAAAAGCCGCUGGCAGCAGUGGUCCGAGCAGCACAUGGAGGGCCAGAAGCUCAACCCCUUCAGCGAGGAGUUCGACUACGACUUUGCCAUGGCCCAGCGCCUCCGCAAGGGUGACUCCGGCUAUGGUCGACCCAAAGACGGAUCCAAGACGGCGGAAAGGGGCGACCGGGCUCAGAAGCACAUCCACAGGGAGAUGGAGGAGAUGGUGUGGAUUAUCAGAGACAUGGGCUUCAAGGACAAAGAGGGGAGGACCAUCAUUAGCUUCGGCCGCCUCUUCGACCGCUACGUGAAGAUCUCGGACAAAGUGGUAGGAAUUCUGCUGCGCUGUCGCAAACACAAGAUGUUGGACUUUGAGGGGGAGAUGCUGUGGAAAGGACAGGACGAUAAUGUUAUUAUCACACUGAGAGACUGAAGACUGACGUAAUGUCUCAUGAACAUUCACACGCCUGCAAAUGAAACUACGUAUCUGACACAUCGGUUCUUCUAGAGAAACAGUACUAACCAAUGCUGCAUCAAACACAAGAAAAAUUAAAGAAUGGUUGCAAGCAAUUAUACAGUAUUAUUAAAGUUCAAAGAUAAAACACA